AUGAUAUAAUACAUCGUACCUUAUUUAUUGUUAUUCAGAACUAUUAAUACCUAACUUCAAUAAUGUCAAUGCUUUCAAAUUCCUGAUUAAUUCACUUGUGAGAUUUCUAAAAGAUGUCAAUGGAUUAAUAAAAUGUGUGAUAACAAUUCCUCUUACAUCAGUAAUAUUGAGAACAAAUGUGACUAGUUUUUAGAAGAAGAAUGCGUUUAAUAGGAAGAUUGUGCAUUUAAAGAUGGUUCAUGCAUGGAUUUCAAAGGUUGUGGAAUAUUCACUAUUGAUAAAUGUGCGUCAUCAAUAAAUUGCAUAUCAGACGGGAGCACUUGUAUAUAAAAAAAUGAAUGCCAGAAUUAUUUAACAUAAGAAGCAUGCAAAAAUCAAGAUAUACACUAAGGAUAUUGCUAAUGGAACAUAAAACAAACUCCAAAUUGUUUUAAGAUAUUAGAAUGUUCUGAUUUACCUAUAUUGAAAUCGCAUAUUUAAUGCGAAAAUGCAAUAAGUUAGUGUACAAUAGAUUAGAAAGGUUACUGUACAAUUAAAGCCUCUUAAUGUAUUGAAUAUAAGAUAUUUCAAUGUUUCAGUACAAUUGAUGGAAAGGAAUGCUUUUGGAACUAAUUGAAAAGUAAAUGCAUGGAAAAAAUCUGUCCGAAUGCAUAAUUUUCUACAGACAAAUAAUGUAAAUAGUUUUUAUCAUCUUGCACUACAAAUGGUUUUAACUGUGUUGUGAGACAAGAGUGUCAAGACAUUACACACAUUAAUGGAUGUGUAGCUGACAUUGAUGGUAAUGAAUGCUUUUGGACAGGAAUAAUUUGCAUAAAAAAAGUUUGUUAGUAAAUUCCAAUGGGAAAUGAUUGUUAUACCUAUUUUUAAGAAUUGGAUUGUGUACCAACUUAAUCGGGUAAUUGUAAAUCUAGACCUUAAAAUUGCAAUUAAUUUGAAACUGAAGAUUCUUGUUAGCUCGAUUAUGCAUAAUAAUAAUGUUAGUGGACAAGUAAUUAGUGUGUUUUGAAGACUUGUCAGAUUGCUCCAUAAUAUGCUAAUUGUGCUUUAUGGAAAGAUGACCUUUCAUGUGUUGGUGAUUUAAAUGGAUAUUGUGUUGAUUUGCCAUAAUAUUGUUAAUCAGUAACAGACAUGACUUAUUGUUAUAAAUAAAAAUCUGGUGAUUUAUGUCAAUUUUAUUCAUGUACAAUUGCAUAUUGCUCAAAGGCUCCUAAAAAUUACAAUACUCAUUCAUAAUGUUAGUAAUGGAACAUUAAUUGUACUGUUGAAUUGAAAGAUUCGAAUUCAAGCACUGGAACUGGUUGCAUUUAUAAGAACUAAAAUUGUUCAGAUUAUGAUAACGCUAUUUAAUGCAAAAGUACAUUAGAUAAAAUUUAAUGUAUAUUCUUAGAUGAUAAAUGUCAAGAGAAAUCUUGUGGGAUGGGGAAUUUUACAACUCACUAAGAUUGCUAAAUUUGGAAGAGUGAUUGUAUAAUAAAUGAAUUCGGAAAUUCUUGUCAAGAUUGGCCAAAUAAUUGUCUAGAACUAAUAAGUGAAUAAUAAUGCUUUAUUGGAUUGUAAUCUGGAGUCUAUUGUGAAUGGACAGGUUCUUCAUGCUAACCUCAACAGAACAAUACUUUAUGCAAUGGUGCAAGCAACACAAGUCAAUAUGAUGGACAUGAAAAAUGCAAUAGAUGGAAUGGAUUAUGUACAGUAAUUUAAAAGGUUUAUGGGUGUGAACCCAGACUUAAUUGUGAAGACUAUUUCUUAUAACAUCAAUGUGUGGUAGGUAUUGAUAAUUAAUAAUGUUUUUGGGAUGGGAUAUAAUGUGUUAAGAAAUGCAAUGGAUACUCUAAUGAGACUGUGGAUAUAAAUGAGUGUUAAGCUGUUGAUUCUACCUGUCAACUUAAUAAUUUAACUGCAGUUUGUAUUUUUAAAACGUAUUGUUCAGCAUACAAAAAUAAAUUAGACUGUAAAAUUAAUAAUAGUGAUUAACCCUGUAAAUGGAACUCAGUUAAUUAAAAAUGUGAAGAUGUUGUUUGUGAAGAUAAUAGUACUGCUACCACUGAAAGAGAAUGUACUUACUAUCUUAAUUAUCAACAAUGCUAUUUAGACAAUGUAGGUUGCAUAACCAGACCAUAAAAAUGUGAUUCAAUCUUAAACGCCCUUGUAUGUAACUAAACCAUUCCAAGAUGCUAAACUACCUAUUGUUAUUAUGCCAAUGGAUGUUGUGCUCAAAUAUUAGCAAAUCAAUGUGAAUGGAUUACCGACGCUACAAGCAAUUAUGAUUGCCAAAUACAUAAUUCUGAUUGCAUUCUUAAUAUUGUUACAGGAAUAGGUUGUAUGACUUCUAAGAAUUGUGAAUUCAUUAAGGAUUAAACUCUCUGUUUAUCUAUUAAUGGUACCAUUAAAUUACCAACAGGUGAUAAAUGUGUUUCAUAUAAUGGUAAAUGUUAUUCACAGUUUAAAUGCAAUGGAUCUCAUAUAAACUGCAAUGCCAUCACAGUUUAAAGUGUUCAAUGUAAAAUUGGGACAUCAGGAACAUGUGUCGAAAAGUUAUGUACUGAUUUUGUUGGUACUGCCAACAUGGCAAAUUGUUAAUCCUUUUAAAGUUUUUGCUAUUAUAAUGGAACCAAAUGUGCUACUCUUUUGAACUGCAAUGAUUUAACCUCAUAUGGUUCAACAGUAUGCAUAUCCGGCAAGGUAUAAAGUGGAUCAUAUUGUUCAUGGAAUGGGACUUCUUGUUAAACAAUCGAAUGUUCACUCAUCAGUGGAGCAAACAGCUGUUUGCUGUAUAAUAAUAAAUGUAUUUAAGGUACCUCAAAUUGUGUAGACAUCACCAAUUGCAAUCAAAUUUCUAAUGAAAGCUAUUGCUAAUUAGCUUAUAAUAGUUCUAACCUAAAGUGCUUAUGGGUGAAUUCAUCAUGUGUUGAUUAUUUUGAUUGUACUAAUUCUUUUACUAAUACAUUUGACGAAUAUCAAUGCAUAAAAUAUGAUUUGUGUAGGUUAUCCAAGACGACUGAUGGAUGUGAAUUCAAAUCCUGUGAUGAGUAUACCCAAAUGGAAUAUUGUUACAAACUCAACCAAUGUACAUGGAGUAAUAGUGUUUGCCAAAAUAAAUUGGAAUGUAAAUUCCAACUUAAUCAAACAGACUGUUAAAAUUUCAACUAUUGUUAUUGGGAUACAACCCUAUGCAAAUAAAAUGUCUGUAAUACUGCAACUACAAAAUUACUAUGUUCAUAAGUUAUUUUAAAAAGUGGUAAUAAGUGUUUAUGGGCAAACAGUGUUUGUAAUGAAUAGUAUUAAUGUUCUGCAAUUUAGAAUCCUUUGACUUUUGGAGAUUGCAAUAAUUAAAACAAGGGAUGUGUAAUUAAAUACACCUUUAGCGAUAAAAAUAGUUACUGUCAAACUAAAAAAGCUAGUUGUUCUUAAUAUACAUCUAUUUAUCAAUGUACAAAAGAUAUUUAUGGCAAUCUGUGUUAUUGGGAUUUGAAUACAUCAACUUGUAUUUACAAUCAAUGUUCAACUUAUGUAACUUCAAAUGGAAUUUAUAGCAAUUAGAUCUGUCAAUAAUUUAAUAACAGAUGUGUGUUAAAUACAACAUCAAAUGGUUGUAGAACUAUAUUAGCCACUUGUAAUCUAUAUACAACUUAAUAAUUAUGCGAUUAUGCACUUAUCACAGCCAAUACUUAUUGUUAUUGGAAUGGAGCAUCAUGUAUCGAUGCCUAAUGCUCUUAAUAUAGCUCCUUAGUGUCACCUCCAUUAUCGUGUGAGUAAUUCAGUAAAUGCAAUCUAAUCGGAGGCACUUGUUAAAUCAAAUUAGCCACUUGCAAUUCCUACCUAAGUGAAACAUUGUGUAAUUCAACCACAGAUUUAUCACUAAACAGUUGUGCCUGGAUUAAUAAUGCUUGUGUAAAUAAGACUUGUUCUAAUUAUCCUUUCAAUGUUUUUAAUCACACGAGUUGCUCAUAGUGGUUAAAUGGGUGCACAAUCAACUAUCAAGAAACCUAAUGUAUUAAUAUUGUAGAUUGCACAACAGCACCCCAAGAGAUUGACACGAUCACCAAAUGUGAAUAAUUUAUAUCGCCAACCAAUCAAGUUUGUACUGUCUCAUAAGUACUAGGGGGUUGUACAAAUAUACCAACAACUUGUAAUUUAGCAUAUAGGACUUAAUGUGUAAUAGAUGCUAGUAGGAAAAAAUGUUAUUGGAGCAAAUAAUAUGGAGUAUGUAAAGAACUUAUAUGUUCCAAUAUUGAUAGUACAGUCACAACUGCAAUUGGGUGUGAAUCAUUAUUAAAUCAAUGCACCUUAGCAAAUUCUGGAUCUGGUUGCCAAGAUAAAGCAACUUGUAAUAGUUACAAUAACAACACUUGCAAAUUUCUCAAUAUUAGAGAUAAUAACUAAAGAAAUUGUGUCCAAGGAUGUCAAAUGACUGUUUGUGAGGAUUUUUUCUAUUAAAGUGAUAAAUAUUGCAAAGCUAUCCUCGAUGGCUCUUGCAUCACUAAUGGUGUUUAAUGUAUUACAUCAUAUAGUUGCAGUGAUUUCAGAUUUGAAUAUCAAUGUACAAUCUCAAGACAAGGAUUUUUAUGUGUAUGGUACAACAAUUAGUGUUUUAAUAGAAAGUGUGAAUUAGCUGAUGUUAAAUACCAUAAUAACCAUCCAGAAUGUCAGAAUUUUAUGGCCACUUGCACUUUUAGUAAAGUUUAAAAUAAAUGUGUUAUGAUUAAUGGUUGUUCAGAUUAUGAUAAUCAAGAAUCAUGCUCUAUUGAUAAGUUUGGUUUAUCAUGCAUCUGGUAUUAAGAGUAGUGUUACGAGACACGGUGCCAAAAUAUUUGUGGGGAUGGUAUUGUUAACUUAGAUGUUGAGUAAUGUGAUGAUGGUAAUCUUAGAGCAAAUGAUGGAUGUUAUAAUUGUUAAUAUAGUUGUGUGAUUGGGUGUUUAAUAUGUUAAGAAGGUAUUUGUGUUGAAUGUGACUAUGAGUAAGGGUAUUACAUAGAUAAUAAUGAUAAUUGUACUACAAAAUGUGGUGAUGAAAUUGUUUAAGGGAAAGAAUAAUGUGAUGAUGGGAACUUUGAUCAAUAUGAUGGAUGUUACAAUUGUUAAUAUUAAUGCCAUUUUGCUUGUACUUUGUGCAACCAAGGCCUAUGUUUAUAGUGUCUAUUUGGAUGGUCAAUAUCCAUAUAAGGAUAAUGCGAAGUCAUUUGUGGAGAUGGCAUAGUUGUGGCUACAACUGAUAUAUAAUCUGAACAAUGUGAUGAUGCUAAUAUCGAUUCUUUUGAUGGAUGCUCAUCUGGUUGCAUGAUUGAAAAAAGCUGGAAUUGUAUUAACAAUGCAAAUGUACCAUCUAUCUGCGAGUUUACUUAAUAGCCUUCCAUGAUCUUAACACUACUAACAAUUGCACCAAAUUUGAAACAGUCCAUUUAGUUAUCGUUUACCUCUAAUCUUAAGUAUCUAGGUGCAAACAAUAAAUCUAAUUACACUCUCAUUGAAGCUAACAUCCUAAAUUUAAAUCCUACUCUAUAUAAAAUAGACAUUGUGAAUAACAACACUUACUCAACAACUACAUUUGAUCCUGUGGUAUAUGUAAUCAAUGUUGAGUUCUUUAUAAGUGUGGAGAAUCCAUCACUAUUGGUCUCUUUUAAACCUUCAGAAUUUAUUGAUGAAAAUAAUUAGCAUCCUGUGAAAACAAAGUAAAAUAUUCGUUUAUUUACCUGCUAUUAUGAAUCAGCCUCAGAUUUAAGGAUGUCAACAACUACCACUAUUUUUAAUUCAAUAUUGCUCUACAUACUUUUAGCCAUUGCUUUAAUUUCAGUGCUCACUGGAAACUUAGAUAUAUUUUGGAAUCUAUUAGACAUGGUUCAGUAUUUAUCAUAUAUUAAGUAUAUCAAUAUACAAUUUCCUACAAACUUAAAUUCAUUCUUUGAUUUAUUUAGAGUAAUAACAUUACAACCAUUCCUAGAUUUCAUUCACUUUUAAAAAAUCAUCAAUCUAUUUAGUUUCGGUGAAACAAUAUUCAUUGAAACCACUAACAAGUUUAAAGAAGACAAUAUUAAUGCAUUUUACUUUUAUAAUUUUGGAAGCUCCAUGAUGAUUUUUGGUACUACUUUUGCAUCCUUUUAUGCCAGUUUAUUACUCAUUUAUGCUAUAAAUAAAUAUGUUCACUAUUUAUAUGACCAUAUAUACUUUCUAAAAUUAACUUAAUAACUAUAUAGAUUAUUAAUACGAUUCUAAUUUUACUUUUUCUAUUCUGGAAUAAUUAGAAUUUUUCUAACCAAUACAUAUGACAUUCUUUUUACAGUCUUGCUUUAGUUAUAUUACCCAAAAUUUCACAUCUUUAUAACAUUUGUUAGUGUCUUAAUUGCUGGAAUGUCAUUCUGUUUAGUACUAACCAUCAUAUACUUGAUUCUCUCAAAACAAACCUAGUAAUCAAAUGGGAUUGCUGAUUAAUUCACGGUUUUAUCUGAAGGAGUCACAGAAAAUCGUGGAUUAUGGGCUAGACAAUUCAAUUCGCUACUAUUAAUUAAAAAAUUAGUUUUUAUGCUUUUACUCAUUUUUAUGUAAUAAUCCGGAUAAUUACAAACGACACUUAUUUCGAUUACUCAUAUUUCAUUUGCUUUAUAUCUUGUAUCUAAGAGACCUAUGACAAAUGGUUACGAAUACUACAAAAUGAUAUUUGUGGAAUCCAAAAUUACUUUGGCCACUAGUUUCUUCAUUUUGUAUUCAAUGCCUAAUCUAACUUUAGACUAAAAAUAUAUAGUAGGAUGGUUCCAUAUUGCAAUAUUUACUUCUAUCUUGAUAUUUUCUGUUGUCUUUGAUUUGGCAUAUUAGUUAAGAGUAAUUAAGGAUAAACUCCUAAAAGCGUGCAUAUAAAAAUAGAUACCAAAUUAAAAAAUAAUAUUAUUUGAAACAAUACCUCUGUAAGUUAGAAAAAUAUGA